AUGUCCGCCAAAACCCUCCUGCACAAACAAUACCGCACCCUCGCCGAGCUCUGGCCAACAGACCCCCUACGCCCCAACCUCACCCUCCAAACCCUCCUGCAGCAGCGCAUCGCGCGCCAGUUCGUGCAGACCGUCGAAGGCGACAAAGCCAUCCCCACCCAGAACCACCCGGGCCCCGCAACGACCGGGAGCAGCGGUGCAGAGGAUGGGCGGCCGGUCGUCAAGUUUGACGAGAGCAGGGCGAUGCGGGAGAUCAAUGCGCUGGGGAGCUUGUUGGAGGACCGGUAUCGGAAGAGGUAUCCGGUGUCGGAUAGGAUCUUGAAGCCGAGGGGGAACCCGCAUUAUUAUGAGAAUCUGAUGAAGGAGCUUGAGCAGGCGCCCGGGAGGUCGUGGUGGGAGACGAAGUUGAAUGCCUGGAAGGGGUAUAUCAGGAUGAAGUAG